AUGUUUCCUAUUAGACAUGUAUUUACAAAAUUAAAACAAGUCGCUGUGAGUGCUGUCCGUAUUAGAUUGGAUCAUGUCGUAUUCGCCGCGUGUCUCGUGGCCUUCGUGUGGCUGUGCUGGGGCGGGCUCGAGUCCACGUCCUCCUACGUACCUAGUCACUUGCAGAAGUACUUACUGUUUCCAGAAGACUAUAAGAUUCUAGAGAAGCAAUUAAGCAAGGCCGAGCUUAAGAAGUUGACGCUUAAAGUGGAACAGCUGAACGCCCACGUCGAAGUGAUCAAUUGGGAUAAGUAUCGCCCAGUGAACUCGGAGACGACCAUAAUUGUCAUACUCGUACAUAAGGAUGUGGAGCGCCUGCAGCACCUCAUCAUAUCUCUGGGCCAAGUGCACGGUAUUCACCAGGUCCUUAUAAUAUUCUCGCACAGUUACUUUGAAACCGUAAUAAAUGAUCUCGUGAAAAGCAUCGAUUUUUGUAAAGUGAUGCAAAUUUUCUAUCCACACUCCUUGCAACUGAACCCGAACAAAUUCCCGGGGAUCGACCCCACCGACUGUAACGCAACGUCUCUCCUGGAGGACAUCGGCUCGCCGGGCCGGCUGCACUGCGUCGAGCGCGACGCGCGCCGCACGCAGCGCAAGCAGCACUGGUGGUGGACGGCCAACUACGUGUUCGAAGCGCUCGAGUGGAGCUCCAGCAAGCAGAUGACCGUGUUCCUCGAGGAGGACAGCUACGCGCUGCCCGACCUGCUGCACAUGCUGGAGUUCGCGCGCCGCGUGCUGCCCUACUUCCCGGCCGUGCAGCUGCUGGCGCUGGGCCGCCCGCCCGCCGACGACCUCGAGUACGACAUGCUCACCGUCGACGCCUGGAGCCCGCCCUACGACCGCGGGCUGGCGUUCAACAAGACCACGUGGCGCAAGAUCGCAGCGCGAGCCUCGCUGUACUGCUUCUACGACGACUGCAGCUGGAGCUACUCGCUGGUGCACCUGUUCAGGAAUUUCACGGACGGGUUCGCGGAGAUGGCGGCGUGCUCGGCGCCGCGCGUGCUGUCGACGAGCGUGUUCGCGAGCGGGCGGCGCGCGGCGCGUUUCGGCGGCGGCGGAGUUCAUGGCCCGUGCACGCCGGGCCGCCGGGCCGCCGGGCCGCGGUUGCCAGUCCCCGCCGCCGGUCGCCAGCGACGCCUGAAUAAUGGAAUUGUUUUAGAUUGUGUGCAAAUUGAUGAUGCUGAGAGCCACGCUGCGGAUGAAACUGUGGUUAG